CUCAUUAGCCACCUUUGUUUGGCAGUGAUAAAAUUUCUCUUUGGGGUUUUAGUAAAUGGCAUCAUUGUGGCUGUGAAUGGCACUCACUUGAUCAAGCAGAGAAAGAUGAUUCCAUUGGAUCUCCUUGUUUCCUGCCUGGCGAUUUCCAGGAUUUGUCUGCAACUAGCCAUCUUCUACGUUAACCUGGCUGUUCUUUCCUUGAUUGAAUUCCCUCAGCUUGCUGAGAAGUUCGUAAUUCUCACAUUUAUAAAUGAAUCGGGACUUUGAUUUGCCACAUGGCUCAGCCUUUUCUACUGUGCCAAGAUUGCCACCAUUGCUCACCCACACUUCCGCUUGAAGGUGAGGAUAUCCAAGUUGGUUCCUUGACUGGUACUUGAGUCCCUGCUAUAUGCAUCCAGCAUGGAUGUUUUCCACAGCAAACAUAGGUGGAUAUUUUCCAAAGAACACUUCCUGGGCCUUUUCUCCCCAAAUGCAACCACCCUCAAAGAAAUACCCGCUUUACAGUUUGCCUUUCUUUUUGCUGAGUUCUCAUUGCCAUUACUUAUCUUCCUUAUUUCUUCUCUGCUCUUGAUAUUUUCUCUGGGGAGACACACCUGACAGAUAAGAAACACAGCAACAGGCCCCAGGAACCCUCGCACAUGCAUGCACAUCAGCACUCUUCUCUCCAUCCUGUCCUUUCUGGUCCUCUGCCACUCCAUGACAGCUGCUUUGCUCUUUUCUCAAAUUUUCAACUUUAGAAGCAUCAUAUUUCUGUUCUGCAUCUUGAGGGUUGGUUCAUACCACUCUGGACACUCUAUUACCUUAAUUUUAGGAAAUCCUAAAAUGAAACAAAAUGCAAAGAAAUUGCUCCUCCAAAGAAAGUGCUGUCAGUGA